AUGGCUUACACGACAGCAAGAUUAUUCUCAACAGUUGUGACUUAGACAUUUUUUAGGGAUAUCCAAGUAAUUGGAUAGGAAAACAUUCCAAAAGAUGGACCCCUAUUGCUAUUUGGAAAUCACAAUAAUCAAUUUAUUGAUCCACUACUCAUUAUUUCAAACAUCCCAAGGAAAGUUCAUUUCAUAGCAGCUGCAAAAAGCAUGAAGAGACCUAUCAUAGGUCACUUAGGAAAAGCCUUAGGAGGAAUCCCAGUGGAGAGACCACAGGAUCUGGCAAAACGAGGAUUUGGAACCAUCCAAAGGAUUGAUGGAAAUAUGGUAUAUGGUCUGAGAACAGAGUUUAAAUCGCAAUGCAAAGUCAAUGACAUCUUGGUGGCUAAUGAAUAGGAAUUUCAGAUAACCGAGAUAAUCAGUGAUACUUAGUUGAAAAUUAAUAAUCAUGGGUAAAUAGAUUCUCCCAUCAGAAAUCUUCAAUAUAAGAUCUAACCCAAGAUUGACUAAUCGAAUAUGUUUGAAUAAGUGUGGAUUGAAUUAUCAAAGGGAGCGUGCAUUGGAAUAUUCCCAGAAGGAGGAAGUCACGAUCAAACCAGAUUACUACCACUUAAACCAGGAAUCUGUAUCAUGGCAUUGGGAGCUAGUUAAAAAUUCAACACUAAAGUCAAACUCCAACCAGUUGGUUUGAAUUAUUUCAAAGGCCAUAAGUUUAGAUCAAAAGUAAUCAUCGAAUUUGGAGUUCCUUAUGAAGUAAGUCAAGAAUUAAUAGAUCUAUAUGCGAAGAAUAAAAGAGAGGCCAUUAGCAAUUUGCUUUAUGAAAUCGAGAGUUAAUUGAAGACUGUCACUAUCUAAGCUCCUACAUAUUCAGAUCUAUCUGCCGUCAUGAUUGUAAGAUCUCUCUAUUUGCCAGAUAAAGCAAGACUCUCUGCUUAAGACAAUCUGGAAUUGGUCAAAAGAUUCUCUUCGGCCUUCUAUAAACUAGAAAACCACCCUGAAGUUAAGGAAGUAGUCAGUUAAGUGAAGAUGUACAAUUACAAAUUGAAAGCCUUGGGUGUCUACGAUUACCAGGUUAUGAGAAUGGAGAAAAACACUUUUCAGGAUAUCUAUAAAAUAGCCUUCAACUUAUUUAUGGCAUUGCUCAGUUUAUCAUUCGCUUUGCCUGGAUACAUUAUGACUAUUCCAAUAUCUCUUUUAUUGAACACUUAUACAGAGAGGGAGAGGUAAAAGGCUUUGGCCAAUUCCAAGGUGAAGUUAAGUGGUAAGGAUGUUAUUGCCUCCUACAAAAUUUUGGCUUCAAUUUUGAUUGUGCCAGGAGCUAUUGCUAUCUAUACUAUCUUAUUUCAUUAUGCUCUGAAGAAGUGGAACUUUAUAAGCAAAGAGAAAUAAUUAAAGUUGACUUUGAUAUUUUUCUUACUCUGGCCUUUGUACAUUACUGCAAUGAUAAGAUCAAAUGAUGGUUUGAUCAGACAUUCAAGAAAGGUUAAAAGCCAAAUCUUAUUUUAUUUGUAUUAAAGUAAAUAUAGAAAACUUAAAAAAUCAAGAGAAUUACUAUAAGAUAGAAUACGAAAGAUGGUUGAUAUGUUGGGAGAAAACGUAGUGGCCGAUUUCAAAAAGAAAAGAGUGUUCUCUUUUGAUGCUAAGAAGGACAAUUUAGAUAUUGACAACGUAUUUUGUUCAUUAGAAGAACUCGGAAUCUGA